AGAGACGUUUUUUAAUUUAGUGAAUAAUUUUGAUCUAGUCUUUUGAUGUAUUUCUAUAUAUACACAACCAUUUUUAAAUAAACCGGAAAAUGAAGAAAUUACACUGAAAGUCCCGGCUAACAUGGCGGCGGAACGUCGGCUGCUAAAGCUACAGUUAUAGUGUGAAGAGGAAUCAGUUGUUUUCACUAUGAACAGAGGCAAAGAAAGGGUCAGGUUGCCACAGUAUGGAGGAUGAUUAGCACCUACUCAGUGAUGGAACCAAGGUUUAAGGCAUGAUAGUAACAUUUUGGCUGACCCAUCAUAUAUUUUCCUCUCCGCUGCACAUAUGCCGCGUCAUCUGUGCUCAGUUUAUUCGAGCGUACAUAAUGGGUUCAUGUGUUUGUAAAGACAAGUCCACGGAUAACACAGAUUCUCGGAAUAGAGAUUCCCGGAACCGAUCACGUGGUUCACGCGGCACUGGUCACUCUAACCCUCAGCGCACAGCCAAUGGUGUAUCUGGUAGCAGCCACCACAGGAGGAGCGGGGGAGCUGGGAGAGGGGCGGAGCUGGCCACGAAGAGUAUUGAUUCUCUAGUGUUAGAAACACUGGCUCUCAUUCGGACCUUAGUGGACAAUGACCAGGAGCCUCCAGCGGCCAUGUUGACUCUACACAAAACAGCAGAGAGAGAUCAGGGCUGGCUGGAUGUCGUCAAAUCUCUUAUCCGAGUCAUUCCAAUGGACGACCCUGUAGGCCCUGCUGUCAUCACACUGCUACUGGACGAAUGUCCACUGCCCACAAAAGAGGCCCUGCUGGAGCUACAGAGACACCUGAACCUGGGAGAGGACGGGCCGGCCAGCAUUUACAAGGAUCCCUCACAUCAGCUCAAUAUCUGUGUUAUACUUGGUUGUCUAGCAGAAAAACUGGCAGGUCCCAGUAGUAUAGCCUUGUUAUCAGCUGACGUUCUACAGUAUCUCAUCUGUCAUUUGAAUCCCUGCAACCCUCCAGUGGUGGUCCUGCAUUCCAUGGUAGCUCUUGAGAAGUUUGCACAAACAAGUGAGAACAAGGUAACAAUUAACCAGUCAAUGAAAGAGUUGUCUCCCCAUCCCCUGCUGGUUUUGGAGGAAUGGUGGCAUGACUCUGACUACGUCAAGAGGGAAGUUGGCUUCUGUGCUGCUUGGUGCCUCGAUAACCUAUUUCAGGGCAGGCAGUUCACUUAUGAACGCAUCGACCUGAACGGUAUUAAUGUUAUGCUCAACAACAAUGAUGUCAGUGAAUACCUCAAGAUCUCAUCUAGCGGUGUGGAGGCCCGAUGUGAUGCCUCAUCGUUUGAGAGUGUAAGAUGUACCUUCCAAGUAGAUGCAGGUGUAUGGUACUAUGAGGUCACCAUAGUAACGGCAGGCGUCAUGCAGAUUGGAUGGGCCACAAAAGACAGCAAAUUCCUCAAUCAUGAAGGGUACGGUAUCGGUGAUGACGAAUUCUCCAUGGCUUAUGAUGGAUGUCGCCAGCUGAUUUGGUACAACGCUGACAGUGAACCUCACCUACAGGACUGCUGGGCCCCAGGUGAUGUCCUGGGUCUGCUGCUGGAUGUGGAUAGUCAGAAACUGAUCUUCUACCUGAACGGAGAUCCCCUGCCUCCCUUUACUCAGCUCUUCACCUAUGCACGGAGUGGUUUCUUUGCUGCUGCCAGUUUCAUGUCAUUUCAACAGUGUGAAUUCAACUUCGGUGACAAGCCAUUCAGCUUUGCCCCCAAUGUACCAUUCAAGAGCUUCAACGACUUCGGGGAGCUGACAAGUGAGGAGAGGAUAAUCUUGCCCAGGCACAAAAAGUUGGAUUUGUUGAAGCAAGUGACUGUGAAGGAAGAUUCCUGUACGCUCUGUUUUGAUCGCCAGGCCAACAUCAUGCUGAGGCCAUGUAAACACAGGGGUUUCUGUGAUGUCUGUGCCUUGCUACUAGAGAUCUGCCCAAUUUGUCGCAUGAGCAUAGUGGAACGACAAGAGGUUGCCACGGAAACCGAGCUCCCAGAGCCACCCAAUGAGAACACAGAUGAACCACAGAUGUCAUAACAUCUACAUUUUAGUCCUCCCAUCUACACCUCGUCUACGACCCGUCAAGAGACCGUUGAUGGGGAUUGUUAAAGCAUCUAGACCUCCGGUCAUGUGUUAUAUAUAUUAUCAUUCUUACUGUACAGAAGUGUGAUGUUAUGCUAAUUUAUAUUCAUAAAUUCUGUAAAUGUUUGUAUUAUCUGCAAUCAAGCCAGAAGUUGUGAAUACUAUGAAAGAAUCACCGAGUCGAUGACUCUUCUACAUAUUAAGCUGUUGUAUAUCCAGAGGAGUCAGUAUGACAGAGACACAGCGUCAGUAACAUUUUGUAUAGCCCUUACGCUGUAAAGACAGUCUUUUAUAGAUACUUUGGUGAACUUUUAUCCAAGUCAGUUGACGUAAAUUUUACCAAAGACAAGCCCAGUUGAAAAUAUUCAUUGCUAUUUUUUCCAUUUUGUUCCAAUGUCAGACUGUGGUAACACAUGUAUCUAUUCAGAUUGCCUUGCUAACUCACUAUCCUGUCCUCUUGAAAAAGGUUUACACCAUUGACAGAUAUUUAGGCUAAGAAUAGUGUUGAGUCUCAAGUUUACGAAUUUUUUAAGAUUUGAUGCAGGCAGGUGGCCAUGUUUUACUCUCACAUUGACAUCAUCAAUAUGAGGUUAUGUCUUUGGAUUUCAUCCGUUCCUUUAUCCAGCUGUUUGUUGAGUCAGUUAGUCUCAAUUAUAAUUUUUCUUUCUUUUAUUAUAUAGAUAUUUUAUCAUGAUUAUGUCUUUGGGUUCAAAGUAUUGGAAUCAUUUAGAAGCAUCAAGAACACUUUUAGUUAAAAAUGAAGCCUCCAGUUUGUUUUAUC